AUGGCCGACCAGAUCACGGCGCAGCUCGAGAAGCUCUCCGUGAGCAAGCUCGAGUCCUACCCCGGCUGCUACCCCGAAGUCAACCCCAUUGACGUCUACCGCUCCCACAUCACCUCGCUGCUGCAGCCUGUCACCGGCGUCGAGAGCACCAUCAUCUACAACGCCCUACAGUGGACCCAGAGCUUGGAUAAGGGCGACUUGGUGCUGGCCGUCCCUGCCCUUCGCAUCAAGGGCAAGAAGCCUGCUGAUCUGACUGCUGAGUGGCUCGACAAGAUCCCCGAGUCUCCCUUGAUCGAGAAGCCCGUCUCUUUCCAGAAUGGAACUUUCCUCCAGUUCUGGUUCAAGCCCGGCCCCCUUUCCCAGCUCCUGAUCCCCCAGGUCCGGUCCCGUGGCGUCGACUUUGGCAAGAACCCCAACAACGGCCUCAAGAGCCCCAAAGACCCCUCCCAGGGCAAGAAGAAGAUCAUUGUCGAGUUCUCCUCCCCGAAUAUCGCGAAGCCUUUCCAUGCUGGCCACUUGCGAAGCACCAUCAUUGGUGGCUUCAUCGCCAACCUGUACGAUGGCGCCGGCUGGGAUGUAACCCGUAUCAACUACCUCGGUGACUGGGGAAAGCAGUACGGUCUGUUGGCCCUGGGCUUCGAGAGGUUCGGUAACGAAGAGGCCCUUGCCGCCGAUCCCAUCAACCAUCUGUACGAGGUCUACGUCAAGAUCAACAGGGAUAUGGCCGACGAGAAGGAUCAGAUCACCGCAAAGGAGCAGGCCGGCGAGGAUGUCACCGCGCUCAAGGACAACAGCCUCGACGAGCAGGCUCGCAAGUACUUCAAGGCCAUGGUUGAUGGAGACGACAAGGCCGUGGCUCAAUGGAGGCGAUUCCGUGAUCUCAGCAUUAAGCGUUACAAGGAGACCUACGCCCGUCUCAACAUCCACUUUGACGAGUACUCGGGCGAGUCUCAAGUCUCCGAGGAGGAUAUGGAGGCUGCUGCUAAGAAGCUCGAAGAGAUGAACAUCUCCGAAAAGUCAGAAGGCGCCGUCAUCAUUGACUUCGCCAAGCACGUUCCCGGAAAGCCGGGCAAGAGUUUGGAGCGCCCCAUCAUUCGCAAGAAGGACGGCACAGCUCUGUACCUGACCCGUGAUAUCAGCGAGCUUCUCCACCGCCAAAAGAAGUACAACUUUGACCACAUGAUUUACGUCAUUGCCUCUCAACAAGAUCUGCACUUGAAGCAGCUCUUCAAGAUUAUCGAGCUCAUGGGCCACGGCGAGACCGCCAGGAAGUGCCAGCACAUCAACUUUGGUAUGGUUCUGGGAAUGAGCACCCGCAAGGGUACUGUCAAGUUCUUGGAUGACAUUCUGCGCGACGUCGGAGACAAGAUGCACGAGGUGAUGAAGAAGAACGAGGCCAAGUACGCCCAGGUCGCCGAACCGGAGGCUACGGCCGAUAUUCUUGGCAUCAGCAGUGUGAUGGUCCAGGAUAUGAGUGGAAAGAGGGUCAACAACUACAAGUUCGACAUGGACACCAUGACCUCGUUCGAGGGUGACACCGGACCGUACCUCCAGUACGCCCACGCUCGCCUGUGCUCCAUCUUCCGCAAGGCUGGAGUCGCUGAGGAGGAGAUUGCAAAGGCCGAUCUUGGCUUGCUGACGGAGAAGCAUGCUAUUGAGCUGAUCCGCGUCAUUAGCCAGUACCCCGACGUUGUCCAGAACACUCUCAAGACCUUGGAGCCCACUACUGUGCUUACGUAUCUGUUCCGCCUCACGCACGUCGUCAGCAGCAGUUACGAUGUGUUGCGUAUUGUUGGAAGCGAAGCUGAGCUCCAGAAGGCCCGCUUGGCGCUGUACAUGGCCGCCAGGACCGUGCUCUUCAACGGCAUGCGUCUCUUGGGACUGUCCCCUGUCGAGAGGUGA